AGGAAAUUUAAUAUGGCUGGCUGGCUGCUACUAACAAAAAAAAUUUGUGGUUGGUUUGGUUUUUUCGUUUUCGGCGUUCCGUUUUUCAAUUUCCGUAAUUAAUCAAAAAGGAGGCUGCCUUUCGGUCAUCGAUUAAUUAAGUGCCGCUUAUUCAUGAUUGUUUUUUAAUUUCCCUUUCGAAGAAGCACCAUAACUUAGGAGAAUAGCUAUAUGACCAGCUAUAGAGAAAAGAGCAUGGAUCGGGAUCGCGAUCGUGAUCGGUCAUCUCGUAGAGAUAGAGAUGAAAAAGAGAGAAGCUAUUCCAGGAGCCCCAGCAGGGAAAGAGACCGUCGCCGAAGAGGCAGCCGUGACAGCCGCAGUAGGCACUAUACAGGCUCCAGAGAAAAUCCCAAACCCAGUCAUUGUUUGGGAGUUUUUGGUCUUAGCAUUCACACCACUGAAGAGGAGCUGUACCAUCUUUUCAGCAAAUAUGGUAGAGUAGAUCGUGUGCAAGUGGUGCUAGAUGCGAAAACAAGUCGGUCAAGAGGCUUUGCUUUUGUCUACUUUGAGAGCUCGGAUGAUGCCAAAGUGGCCAAAGAUCAGUGUACUGGCAUGAAGAUUAGUGGCAAAAACAUCAGAGUUGAUUUUUCCAUAACCGAGAGAGCUCAUACACCAACGCCAGGAAUUUACAUGGGAAAACCUUCUCACCGGUCUUAUGAUCGGCAUGACAGAGGUCGCAGGGAUGAUUAUAGGGGUUCCAGAUACAGUAGACGUUCCCCAUCUCCUUAUUACGGUGGCAGGAGCAGAAGGAGAUAUUCUAGAUCUCGUAGUCGUAGUUACUCUCCCAGACGUUAUUAGAAUUAUAGAUAUUUCUGGUAUUUUGACAACACAUCUUGAGUUUUAAUUUUUGAUCGAUACAAAUUUUUGUAUUAGUUUCAAAUAUGUAUUUUAAAGUCCAGCUUAUUAGAUUUAAAUAUAUGGUAUUGAAUAAUGCUUUUCUUUUCAGUGUUAAUUUGUGAACCUAUAAUUUUGAAAUAAAGUCUUGUGUAUUUGUAUUUGA